AUGACUGAAGAGCCCCAUUCUGCAUCUAAAAAGCAAAGCCAAAUUGCAAGAUAUGCCAUUAUUAACGGCAUCCCAAAAACAGUUAAAAAAUUCUCAGUCUCAUCAGAAAAUGUUGAGCGCUGAAUAAGUGCGUUAGAAUUCGGGAAUCUUCCACUAUUGGAAAAAACUCGUGAAAUGAUACUUGAAACAUCAGUAAGAAAAGGCUCCAAAGGUGCCAGCCGUGAUUGAGGCUUGAGUGAAGGCAUCAUAAAUUCUCUUAAAAACGACUAUAUGUCGAGCAUUGACAAGGAUUCUCUAAAAGUCGAAGAUUCUAACGCACAAGUCACCCCAGAAUCUUUUAAAGAAUACAAAGAAUCACGCUCCCAGACUAAAGAAAAACACUUAAAUGGUGAAGAAUUUGCCCCGAGACCUAGAAAAAUUAGAAAAACAAGCGACGAAAAAAGAUAUGUCAAUACAUACUCAACCGCUCGAAAAAUCCAAGCUGUAAGAGAAUAUAUGAAGAACGGGAGACUCAAUGAAACAGCUAAAGGACUUGAAAUUCCUUCAAUAAAUAUAGUGAGAUGAAGAGAUAAAAUAAAAAAUGAACUAUUUCAAGCUUCACAUGUAGAGCAUCUUUAUAAGUCAAACUUAAAAGGACAGAUCAAUAAAUUCUUUAGGGAUAUUGAUGAGUGCUUGAAUGACUGAUAUAACUUGCAUAAAGAUACAAUCCAAGAUACCUCAGCUGCGCUAUGUACAUUAAAAUGGCGUGGCGAGCCAGCCCAUAUUCUUAACACCUGUAGCUUGGGAGACCUAGGGACCUUGUGGAAGAGAGGAUGACGCUCGGUGGUGCGCAUCAGGCCAGGUUUUACUUGGUUUAGGUGGAGUACAACGUCGGAUUUGGCCGACCGCAGCUCAUUCUCGAAUAAAGGUUUUACUUGGUGGAAGAUGGAAAGGGAAAGCCCAGCAAAGUCAAUUUGACCAAUCGGGCAACUUCCUAGCGCGAUACCAGGCGUUGUGUCCUAGGCGACGAAUUUCAUCUUGGCCAACAGCUUGACCAGAAAAUUCAUUUUUUUUGAAUUUUCUGGAAGGGCAUCCCAAGUCUGACGUAUGGCAUGGUGACCCAGCCCACUUUACUCGACAUUCGACGCGAGCCUCAGGCGACGAGGAGUUUAACCCUAGAGGGUGGCGGCAGGCGGCCCAAUAACGGAACAAGGUGGAGAAAAUGCGCCCUAGAGAUGCUACCAAGGAACUUCUCAAUAAUCGUUAACUAACUAACUAACUAACUAACUAACUAAUCUCAGCUGCGCUAAGAGAAAAAGCGGAAAAAUUGGCAAAGUUGGAUGAUAAUAAUCCAGUUAUAUCUGAGGAGUGGUUAGAGAAUUUCAAAAAGUUUUAUAACAUUUAUAAUGAUUAAAAGAUUCUGUAUUUUUACUAUUGUUGUAUUUCUUAUAGUAAUAGAAAUUAACGCUAGCUUAAGUAAUCCCAAUCACUAUAAAGGGCAUAUAAAAUUAUAUAA